GUCGUCUCGCGGAAGGCGACCAAUCAGAGGCAACUGAAGCGAGACACCGCCAAGAUCAGAUUGAGAGUCGCGCUGCCGUAGCAAGGCUAGCCGAGAGUGCAAAGAAGCUAACGACACUUGCUAACUUGUGGAGUGCACCGGAUUCAGACCUCCUCUUCCUCCGCUCUGAAAUGCCAACAACAACGGCGGUCGUCGAAGAAGCAGCUCUAGUCUCCUCGGUCUGAAUAGCGAAACUGAAGGAAAAAAAAAAAAUCCCUUUCCAACUGAGGUUCAACUUCCCCGGUCCUUUGGGAUCAUGGCUAAAGAUGCUGGUCUAAUAGAAACAAACGGAGAGUUGAAGGUUUUCAAUGAUCAGAAUCUGAGCCCCAGCAAAGGUGUCCUGUCUUUGGUUGCUGUCCAGCCUGCCUCUGGCCCCCUGGCCAAACAGCUCCUGCCCAAAACGCUUGGGCCAUCCAACGUGAAUAUUGCUGCACACAUGCAACAUUUGACACACAUGGUGAUUGGAACGCCUCAGCGGCCAACAGUAUCCAAUACUAUACUGGUAAACAGCCCGCACACACCCAAUUCCCAGUUCCUGACUCAGACUCAACCUUCUGAUGCCUCUCCUUGGUCGUCAGGAAAGCGUGGCAAGAAAGGUGAGAAGAAUGGAAAGGGCUUGAGACAUUUCUCCAUGAAAGUGUGUGAGAAGGUGCGGACGAAGGGAGUCACCACCUACAACGAGGUGGCAGAUGAGCUCGUGGCAGAAUUCAGCUCGGGCGACAACCUCAUGUCACCCAACGACUCGCAUGUAUAUGACCAGAAGAACAUCCGGCGGCGCGUGUACGACGCCCUUAACGUCCUCAUGGCCAUGAACAUCAUCUCCAAAGAGAAGAAAGAGAUCAAGUGGAUCGGCCUGCCCACCAACUCGGCGCAAGAGUGCCAAAACCUCGAGGUGGAGCGACAGAAGCGGCUGGAGAGGAUCAAACAGAAACAGUCGCAGCUUCAGGAGCUCAUACUACAGCAAAUAGCCUUCAAGAACCUGGUUCAGAGAAACAAGCAGAGCGAGCAGCAGGCAAUCAGACCACCGCCACCCAAUUCCAUCAUACACCUUCCCUUCAUUAUCGUCAACACCAGCAAGAAAACCGUCAUCGACUGCAGCAUCUCCAAUGACAAGUUUGAGUACUUGUUCAACUUUGACACCAUGUUUGAGAUCCACGAUGACAUUGAGGUGCUGAAGCGUAUGGGCAUGGCUUGUGGUUUGGAGGUGGGCAAGUGCCCUCCAGAAGAUUUAAAAAUCGCACGCAGCCUGGUGCCCAAAGCUCUGGAGCCCUAUGUGAUUGAGAUGGCAAAAGGCCCCAUCAGUAGUGUCUACAUCACUGGAGGAUCAUCGGCUAACGGAACCCGUCACACAUCCAGCGACGGCUGCCCCGAUGCCACCAUGGCAUCCAGCUCCAACGACUCUCACUACAGCGGCUCUCGCAUGGGUGACGACGAUGAUGAGGAUGAGUACGACGAGAAUGACGAUGAAGACUAACCUGUGUACACCUUGCCACUCCAAUAAGCACAGUCUCUCAAAAGCGCCAACAUGGGAACGUCAACCUGCCCCCUUACACACACACACACACACACACACACACACACCCACACCCUACACUUCUUUUGCCUUCCCCCUCUCUUUCCCCCCAUGCCUGUUUUUCUGUUUGGCUUUCUCAGGGCAGUAGAUGAGUAUUGAAAGAAAGAGGGGAGUCGUGCAUAAGGUAAUCUCUCGCCUCUCGAAUCACUUGUACACGCAUCGCAGCUCCGGAGGAGAGUAUUAUUCCGGGAACUGCAGCGUGUGACCUGACCUAUGUAUAUUUAACAAAUUUUUAAUCUACGCCAUCCCACGAGAAACAAAACCUGGAAGAAAAAGCUUACCGCUGUUGGAGAACGACCAAUAAAUUGUUUGUAAUUUAUCAUAUGUGCCGCUGUACCUUACGGCAGCACAACCCGUAAUGUUUAACAAUGGUCAAAAGUAUUUGCGCAAACAGGCCUUCAUGAAUUCACAAUGGCUCGAUAACGUUGGCAUCAUCAUGCGCAUUUUAUACUAGGAAUAGAGGUUCAAAUGAUUCUUCCAAUUCUCACCCUGGCCUCCUUCUGUGUUAUUUGCAGGCAGCUGCUUCAUUGCUAGUUUUUUGUUGUUUUGUAUUCCGCGUUUCUCGUGAGCAGCCCCUGAAACACCUUGGUGGUGUUUACGAAAUAAUGGCACCAGCAAGGUAAUAUUUUCAUCAGCCAGGUUCCCGAUAGGUAAAUAAGCCUUGUUAAUGACAUGUAUGAACUCUGAUGAUGAUUGUAGCUUAUAGUAUCCCAUAGAGGCCAGUCAUAUUGAUACUAGACCUACAGACAGUAUCUAUGGAAUUAAUGUAUUGUUGUAUAGGUCUUUGCAUACGCCCAUCCAAGAUCUCCUUUUCAAAACUGAGCAACACAUGUACUGACUUGUUCCAAAUACCUUUUUCUGUAUUCUAAUAUAAGUUUUAAAAUUAAAUAUAGUUUUAAAAAAUUC